AUGCAUUGGCUGGCAUGGAAGAAGUUGUGCCGUCACAAGCGAGAGGGGGGUUUGGGUUUUCGGACUAUUGAGGAUUUUAACACGGCUCUACUAGCAAAACAGCUAUGGAGGUUAAUGGAUUACCCGGAUUCGCUUUUUGCUAAGGUUUUCAAGGGGAGAUACUAUCGGAACUCUACUCCCAUGGACCCAAUAAGAUCUUACUCUCUGUCAUAUGGAUGGCAGAGUAUUAGCUCUGCUCGAUCUCUGGUAAACAAAGGGCUCAUUAAAAGGGUCGGUUCCGGAUCAUCCAUCUCAGUUUGGUAUGAUCCAUGGAUUUCUGAUUCCCGCCCGAGGUCAGCUAUUUGUAUCGGUGUUAAUUACUAUCCCCACCUGAGGGUGAGUGAGCUAAUUAACACUCAGACUUCAACGUGGAAUCUUCCACUAUUGCAACAAUUGUUCGAGAGCACUGAAGUUGCUCGUAUUACUGGGAUUACGAUUUCUACUGGUCUUAAGCCAGACAGGCUGGAUGGAUGUUCACUCAAACAGGGCGAUAUACGGUUAAAUCGGGGUAUAAGGUCCUCCAGGAGUUCCCGGACGUGGAGGGCACACCGGUAUUCGGACCCGACACACGUAGACUGCAAGCUCAGUCCUGGAAAGUAA